AUAAAAUCUUAUUACAUACAUAUUUACAGACCAAGAUUAUACAAAAUUAAUUUAGCACUCAAAAAAUCAACUCUUCAAUUAACAAUCUCCAACGCACAGACAGCAAAUAUGACAGCGCGCCAAUGCCUAACGGCUUCCAUCGCGCGCUGCUAUUCAUUCCAACAUAACUGCACUAAUCCACAUUUAGUUUGUAUCGUCAUUGCUAGUGAGCAGUGUAUUGCAAAUGUGCUUAACUAAAAAAAAAUUCAAAUUUUAUAUUUUUUUAAUUUUGAGUACAUAAAUAGUUUUUCGUUUUUUUUUCCAAAAUGAUGGAAGAUUGUCAAACGCCCACGCUGGCCGAAGUGAUGGAGUUCAAGUAUGAGGUCACACCCACCAUGGUUUUCGAUUCGAGUUGCCUGCAGGAGACACACAAUCUAAUUGUGAAUCGCAUCAGUGUUCGUUGCUUUACGCCGACAAUAAAAAAUUUCCAAUCGCCUGGCCUGUCACCAAUCACCGAAGGCACGCAGACGCUGGUUAACGGUGUCGCUGUGGAAGGCAUACCGAUAUCCAUGCCGAUGAUGUCCAAUGCUAACAACGAAAUCUUCAAAGCAUCUAAGAACCCCAAAGGUACGCAUCAAAAAUCGGCGCUGCCGCUGCAACAACAACAGCAACAACAACAACCAUGCCAGAAGAGCUUCUCCAAUUCACAUUUUGUAAGCGACUCACCGCCAAUCUUCACUUUAAAUUCUACCACAAUUUCGGAUACAGAUUUCAGCAUUGAAAUCGCAAGUCCCGAUAGCGCAGCAAUACUUGGGAGCUUUGGCAACAACAACAAUAACAACAACAGUGGCAGUAACAGCAAUAAUAGCAGCAGUGAUUCGGAUAAAUUGAAUGCUACAUUCACGAACAAAAACAACAACAACAACGGCAUUAAUGCAUCAAAAAAUCUCAGCAACACGAAUUUGCUCGAUCGCACCAUGAACGUGUCGACUUUGUUGCGCAGCGUCGGCCUGGAGCAGUACGUGGAGGCGUUUGAGGAGCAAAAUUUGGAUUUGGAGCAGUUCUUGAAAAUACGCACUGAGGACUUUCAGCGCUUGGGUGUGACCAAAGCGAAGCAUCAGAAAAAACUUUUAGAUUUGCUAAGCGAAUUAAAUGGCGCAGAAAUUUAGUUUUCGUUUUGUCUUUGUUUGUUGUUUUUAUUCAAAUGUGUAUUUCGAGAUGCCAUGAUCUUGUACCUAUCUAAUGUUGAUCGUUUUCGCUGUUACCUAGAGCGGCAAUUUUCUGCAUUAAAUAGAGCUUUUUUUAGUCUGUAUUUUUUAUUUGGUAUUUAUCUAUAUAUAUGUAUGUAUAUUAGGGUGCCUCACCACAAAAAAAAUUAAAUAAAGAUUAAAUUGAUUUAAACUGAUAUUUUUUUUAGUCGGUUUUUUCUUGGUGUUUAUAUUUGCGAAGUUCUUUAUAUAAAAUAUAUUAGAGUGCCCCACAUAAAAAGGUCGCGGUUUUCUAACUGGCUGUAUGAAGCUUAUUAGAUUUCAAGAUUUCCAACAGUAGGUCUUAAAAUAUAAUAGAUUUUAAAUUACACCAUGCGACAUAAACAUGAAAAUCUUGAAACACACAAAGCACUCAAUAUACUCAAGAAACUGUGGGCCAAAUAUAGUAAAACUGCGUUUUAGGUUUUUCUCUCUGACGCCAGGAUAUUUUUUUUUGUU